AUGUUUAUUCGAAACAGAAGCAACUCGAUAUCGUCUCUGCCAAAAAAGCUUAAUGACUAUAGCUCCAACCAACAUAGAGAGCAACAGGAGAAAGAUAAUCUGGAUUCACAGACCGAGACCCAAUUUGACAGUGACAACAUAACCUCAGACGAAUGGCAAAUCGAUGAAAUUCCCACCAGGAGAAAGAAAAGGAAAGAAACAAGUCCAAUUCACAACGACGGGAAUAAAAAACAGAAAAAUUCCCCAGACUUUGUGAUCCCUACACGUAAUAGUUUUGAACUACUUGAUACGGAAUCUACGAAUAGAAUCAACAAUACAGACAAAGUAUAUUUACCAAAGCCAGAACCCAUCUUUGUUACGGGCGUAAUUAAUGUAAAUUCUCUUAAGGAUGUACUAAACAAAUUUCUAAAGAGCGACCUUUACCUCAUGACCACACUCAGAUCUGGACACGUUAUAAAAAUUAUACCUAAAGACAUCCAGACAUACAAAAUGAUUCGAGAGAACUUCAUUGCCAAUAAUAUCUCACACUAUACUUACCAGCUUAAAAGCGAGAGAGCAUACAGAGUAGUACUACGCGGACUCCAUGCAUCAGAAAAUACCACAGAAAUCUCGAAAGAAUUGUAUGAAAUUGGACAUGAAGUGAGACAAAUAGUCAAUAUCAGACAUCGAGAUACAAAGGAACCGUUGCCUGUAUUUUAUGUCGAUUUAGAACCAAAGCCAAACAACAUAACCAUUUUCGAUGUAAAAUACUUGAAUAACAUGAAGAUUUCCUUCGAAGCCCCACAUAAGAAAAAGGAAAUCAUUCAGUGCAAGAGAGAAGAACCAAUGUUUUAG